ACUGUUGAAAUCACUUCAGCAGCCCAAACAACUACUGCUGAGAUAAUCACUACUGCAGGAGUGACUACAGAGUCUGUGUCCGCAGGAGUGACUUCAAGUUCUGUGGCCACCCCUGUUGCAGAGACCACA